AUGGGAUCGAUACUGGUGGCAGUUUGUGCGGGUUUGAUUGUUCUGGAUUUGUUGUCGGUGGUGAAAACGGUUAGUGCCGGGAAGGCAAGUUCCAGCUUAAAAUGUGAAAAAUCGCUGACCACGGCUAGCGGAUUGAAGGCUCCUCCCGGACCUUACUGCCCGGGAGACCUGAUCUUCGAAGACACAUUCGACAGUUUCGAUCUGGACACUUGGCAGCAUGAGAAUACGUUGGCUGGAAAUACUAAUUGGGACUUCCAGUGGUUCACCAACAACCGGUCCAAUUCAUUCGUGAAGGAAGGAAACCUGUUCAUCCGACCGACGUUGACAGUCGACGAGUAUGGGGAAGCGUUCCUCCGAUCGGGAGAUCUGAACAUUCAUGGUGGAUCAGCUGCUGAUUACUGCACCAAGCAGAGCACCUUCGGUUGCGAGCGCGUCGGAUCGCAUGUUCACAUUCUGAAUCCGGUGAAAAGUGCCAGCCUGCGUACGGUGGAUACGUUUGCGUUCAAGUAUGGAAAGGUGGAAAUCAGCGCAAAGCUUCCCGCAGGGGAUUGGAUGUGGCCAGCGGUUGCGUUCCUUCCCAAGUACAAUUCCUACGGCGUUUGGCCCGCUUCCGGUGAAAUCGAUUUGCUCGAAUCGAAAGGGAAUCGUGAUUUGAUUAAGAAUGGGAUCAAUGUCGGAAUUGAGCAGGUUACUUCGAAGCUUCAGUUUGGCCCCAACCAGGGGUACAAUGCUGGAUCGGGAUCAACUUUUACGAGGAACGCCGAAUCCGGGAAGGGGUACCACACUGGAUUCAAUCGGUAUCAGAUGGAAUGGACACCGGAUCACAUUACGUUCAGCAUCAAUGACAUCGAAACAGGAACGGUCAACGUGGGAACGGGAUUCUGGGCCCGUGGCAAUUACAAUAUCACGUCGCCGGGGAUGGAUAAUCCGUGGCGGUAUGGAAGCAUAAUGGCACCGUUUGAUCAGGAGUUUUACUUUAGAAUUUCGCUGGCCGUUGGUGGAAAUGAGUACUUUUCCGAUGACGAUAUCAAUCCGACGAAGAAACCGUGGAGGAACGAUUCGCCUCAUCCGAUGACCGAUUUCUGGAAUGCCAGAAACGAUUGGCUGCCCACGUGGAACUUGGACGAGAAUGAGUCCAAGGAAGCAUCCAUGCAGGUGGAUUACGUAAGGGUGUGGGCCUUGUGAGAAGUUGAAGUUCUAUUGAUUACUCACUGACUGUUAUAAAUACAGUGCAGUGGCUUAAAGAUCGUGACAUGUUUCUAUAAUUCCUAUUAUUAGAUUUAAGUUUUAAUAUUAGCGGAUAAUCCAGCUAUGUACUAACAUGAGCAGUAAAUAAAAAAAAAACGUGAUUGCCGCA